AUGGCAAUACUAAUAAUAAUAUUUUUUAUUAAAUUAUUUAUUAAUUUUUCACUUCAAUAUUCACAAUCAGAAAGCACAUGUUUCACCAAUUUAUUAACAAAGUUAGGUUACAGCGCUCCACUAGAUCUUUGCACAGAUUCACCUUAUUUUCUAUGCGAUGUAGAUUUAAAUAUAAUUAAAAUGGUUUUUACUUAUAGUCCUCAGUUAACAAAUGAAGUUAUACAGAAUACCGAUGUAAGAUGUAUUGGGCCUAAUCUCAAAACUAUGAUUACCUACAAAUGGAAUAUAGAUGAUAACUUUUUUGAUUUUGCAACAGAGUCUUUAGAUUACAUGUAA